AUGGAGAAACAGAAGCUGUUAAAUAUUUUACAGAGGGAGUUAAAAGAAUAUGGAGAUGAAGAAAUGUUAUCGUGUUUUCAUCGAUUUUAUGAGUCUAUUGAAGCAAAUGAAAAUGACCUUUCUAAAAAGCUUUUCAAUGAGCUCAUUCAACAAAUGAAGAAGCUAUUUAUUAUUUAUCAUAAAAGAAAUAAAAGGGAUCUUAUUGAAAAGAUAAAGAAUUUUUUUAAAGAAGAAAGUAAUGAAGUAAAUAUUAUAGAUGUUGAAAAUAAUGAUAAAGAUAAUGAUAGUAAUUUUAAUUAUGAAGAUGAUUAUUUUAUGAACAAUGAAGAUAUAAAUAUAAAUGAUGAUAAUAAUAAGAAUAAAGUAAGAAGAAAAGGUAAAAGAAGCAAAGAUCCAAAAGACAUGAAAUUACCGCACUUUAAAAAUCAUUAUUCUUUUUUAUCUACUAAUUUAUUUGAUAAUAUAAAUUUACAUGAUUUAAAAAGUAAUGUUUAUGAAUAUGACAUUUUCAAAUUAUAUAAUACUCAUGUCGAAAUGAUAUUAUUAGAAGAUAAUAAAGAUAUAACAAUAGAUGAUGAGCCAUAUUUUUAUGAAACGUUUGAAUAUUUUUUUAAUGUAUUAUGCUUAUUAUAUUUUUUAAAAAAUAUAUAUUUUGAUUUAAAUUAUAAAACAAAUGAAAAUUCGUAUUCCUUUCUUUUUAAAGGUUUUGAAGAAAGGAAAAAUAAAGUUCUAAGUUAUUUUUUUAUUUUAAAAAAAUUGAAAAUACAUAAAUUAAUGGACAAUGAAGUUAUUAAAAUUUUCUGUAAUUUUUUUCAAUAUAUAUAUAUAAAUGAAUAUUUGAUUAGAAAUAUAUUUGAUGUAUCAAUGAAUAGUUUUAUUUAUACAGCUGUUAAAAAUUUUCAAAAAAAAUAUAAAAUGGAUAAUAUCUUAGUACCAUUACAAUCUUUAACAGAUGCUGAUUAUUCAGAACAACAACAAAAAGAAAAAGUCCAUAAUGAUAUGGAAAAAAUUAUUUGUGAUAAUACAACAUGUGUUAAUAAUACAUCUUCAAAAAAUUCCAUAAGUGAUUAUAAUAUUUGUGUGAAUAAAUCAACAAAUGAAUUGAUAGCUAGUGGUAAUAAUAAUAAUAAUAAUAAAACAUUAGGAAAGUCAGAAAUAUCUGGAAAUGAAAUUAUAUGUCAAGAAAACAUUACAAAUAAUCAUAAGAUAAAUAAAAUGAACAACACUAUUAUUACAACAACAACUACUAUUAAUAAUAAUAGUAAUAAUUAUAAUAAUAAUAAUAAUAAGGUGAAUAGGAACCUUUUUAGUAAUAACUAUUUUGUGAAAAAUAGCCCAAAUCAUGAAGAUUUUUUAAAUAAAGAAUUAAAUAAUUUCUUUAUUUCACAUAAUCAAAAUAAAAAUAAUAAACACUCAUUUAUUGAUAUUAUAUAUAAUGAUAUUAAUUAUGAUAAUAUAUAUACAGAUGAAAUAAUUAAUUCUUUGUUUUAUUUCUUUAAUAAUCCUUACCUUAUUUUUACCUUUCAUAAAAAUGUGUUAUAUUAUAUUGAAAAAAAAAGUAGAGAUAGCAAUUUUUUUCAUUCGUAUAAAAAUGCCAUUGCUUUAAUUAAAUAUUUAAAUUAUUGUGUAACGACCAUUUCUGUAAUUUUCCAUAUUUUUGUAAGCGCAGGAUUAUUCUUUAAUAAACAUAUUAUGAUAAUUGAAUCAAAUAAAUAUCUAAACUUUUAUAAGUUAUUAAACUUUGAUAAUCUUCUUGUAGAUUCAGAUAAUUAUGAUCAAAAAAAAAAAAACAAAUAUAAUCCUAGCGAAUAUAAUAAUAAAAGAAAUAAUAACACAUAUAAUAAUCUAUCAAAACGUCGUAGUUCUACUCAUAUGAAUUCAUCACCUAGAACACAUGAAAAGGAUGAAAAUAUAAGAAAAAACACCCAAAAAAAAAAAGUGGAAUCAUUUGAUUCCUUAAAUGAUAGUAGUUCAUAUAACGAUGACAGUAUUAAUGAAAAUGAACUGGUAGUACAUAAUAACCCAUUCGAUAAAAAAAAUCGAGAAAAGAAAAAUUACGGAAAUUUAGAAGAUAAUAAAUUUUAUGAUUUUAAUAUUAUCAAAUAUUUAAUGAAAUAUAAAAAUGUUGUUAGUAAUUUAAAUCAGGAUCAUUUUAAUAAAAAAGAUUAUUCCAAUGAAAGUGAAGGAGAGGUCAACGAUUUUGUUAAGUUAGAUCAAUCAAAUAUAAAUAGUAGAGGUAGUUACACAAGUAGUCAUUAUAAUAAAGGCGAUGUAACUAAUUCUUCUUAUGAUAAAUCUAAUUCAUAUUCUGAUGACGAUUAUAAUGAUAGUGAUACAAGUAAAUUUCAAGAAAAUAGAUAUAAGCAUUCAUAUAAAAAUGUAAAAUAUAACAAAUCAAGUGAUGAUUAUGAAAAUGAUAGUAAUAGUAGUAGUAAUAAUAAUAAUAAUAAUAAUACAUAUAGUGAUGAUGAUUUCAAUAGUUAUAAUAGAAAUAGAAGAAAUACACAAAGAAAAAGUAAACAGAUGAAAAACGAAAGAUUUCAAAAAAAGAAUAAAAAAAAAAAUAAAAUAGAUCAAGAAGAUUCUACUAUGUCAGAUGAAUAUAAUAUGAAUAAUGAUUUAUAUUCAAAUGAGUAUACUAAUAGAAGUAUAUUUAAUGAUAUAUUACAUAAGGCAAAAAAACGAAAACGAUUUUAUGACUUAAUAAGUAAUAUAAAUAGAAUGAAAAAUACAUUUAAUGUUAAUAAUAUUAAUAAAAAUAAAACUAUUGAUUUUAAUUAUAUAGAAAAUAUUGAUACAAUAUCAUAUUUUAUAAGUAUAUAUAAUUCAGAACAUAUUUUCCAAUUUGAUUAUUAUUUUUUAAAAUUUAUUGCAGAAAUAUGUACGACAUAUAAUAAUUAUAUUAAAUCAUAUUUAAUUAAUAUAAAUAAUAAUAAUAAUAAUAAUAAUAAUAAUCUUAAAUAUAGAAGGGAAGAUUUAGAUAAAAUAAUAAAUCAGGUUGAACAUUUUUUAAAUGAAGUAACUAAAUUAAUAUAUGUAUAUACAUGGUGUAUUUUAUAUAUAUUUGGUCAUUCAUAUUCUUAUGUGAAGUAUGCAAAAUAUUUUUAUCAGAAGAAAUCGUUUUUCUUAUUAGAUAAAAAGCCUCAUUUUAUAUUUAAUCAGUUUAGUUAUGUUACUCAAGAGUCGUUUGAUAAUAUUUCACAUCAAAAUAGUAAUAGUAAUAGUAAUAUAAAUGAAAAGGAUGAUAUAUAUAAAAUCAAAAAAAAUAAUAAUAAUAUUAAUAAUGAAGAUCAUUUUGAUUAUCGUAAACACUUAUAUAAUAAUUAUAAUGAUGAUAUACCUAUCAAUCAUUUUUUUAAUCCAAGUAAUAUUGUAGAAAAUUUAAAAUAUAAUUAUGAAUUAAAAAGAAAUACAUCAGAAUUUGAUAACUUUAAUUUUAAUAAUUUAAUACACAUUUAUAAAAAUUCAUACUUUCAAAAUAUUGUUGAUAAAUUACAAUUAAAUUUAAAAUUUAUUGACAAUAUUUUAUUUACCUUAGAUAAUAUAUUAAAAAAUAAAAAAAGUAAAAAAAAAAAAUUCCUUAAUUAUUUAUGUGUAAAAGAUCAAAAGUUAGAUGAUAUAUGUAAUUCUAUAGAUAAUCUAAAAAGGAAUAUAAAUAAAUAUCGACAAACAUUUCAUUAUUGCUUAAAUUUUAAUAAUAUAAAAAAUGUUAUUAUGCUUACCUUAGAAGAAAUGAGUAUGAGUUCUGAUAAAUUAGAAUUAAAUAAAUUAUUAAAUGAAUAUUUAAAUAAACUCGAAAGUAAAGGACAAUUAAAAAAAAGACAAAAAAAAAUAAAUAUCAAAAUUAUUGAUAAUAAUAUAAUUCUUGAUACAAAUAAUAUAAAAAAAGAAAGAGAAAGGGAAAAAAGGAAAAGUGUAGAAAAUUUUCUAAAUAAAAAGAAAUUUCUAAAAUCAUAUAUGGAUAUGAAUGAUAUAUCAAAUCAUUUAAUAGAUAAAAGAAGAAAUAAAAGUAUUAAAAUGGGAACAACCAAUACAAACCAUAGAAGAAGUAGUAGUGUAGCGAAUAGGAAUCGUAGUCGUAGUAUAUUAUCUAGUUCAUUUUUAGAAAAAAAAGAAAAAAGCAAAAAAUAUUCAAUAAAAAGUCAAAAGAAAUAUAGUGAGCAUGUGAACACUGAUAGGUCAUAUAUAAAAAACAAUUCACAUAUAAAUAAUAAAUUAAGUAUUUGUAUGGAUAAUAAUAAAAAAAAAAACGAUGGUAUAAAUAAAAGCUUUAUGAUAAAUGAUAAUACCAACCGUGGUUCGAUAAAUAAUGAUAGUUAUUAUCGUAAGAAUAAUAGAAAAUAUGAAGAUAGUGUAAAUUAUAAAAAUGAUAUGUUAGAAAGAUCACGUAGGAGAAGUCAUAAUUAUUAUUCAAGUAGUGAAGAUAACAAAAGUGAUAACUAUAAUAUAAAUGAUAAUAAUGAUUAUCAUCAUAAUGAUACAGAUACGGAUGAAGAUAAUGAAUAUUAUAGUGAUAAUUAUAAGAAAGGUGGUAAUCAAAAUGGUAACAAAUUAAAUGAUAAUAAUAAUAAUAAUAAUAAAAAGAAUAAGAAUGAGAAGAAUAAAAUGAGUGAACUUAUUUUUAAUAGUGAAUAUCAUACAGAGAGAUUAAUAUUUUUCUUCAAUUUAUUAAAUGGGAAUAAUCUAUUUUAUUAUUUAUCAUUACAUUAUUUAGUUAAAAAUGAAAAGAUUAUGGAAAUAUUACAUUUUUUACCAUUAAAAUAUUUACUUGAUUUAUUAAUAUUAUAUGAUUUAAAAGAUUAUAUUAAAUUUAAAACCAUCAUCAGAGUAUUCAGAAUUAUUUAUGAAUUUCAAGAUUUUUCUCCAAUUUUAAGAGAAGAUAUAUUUUUUAAUAAAAAUAAUUAUUGUUUAGAAAAUGCAGAUUUUAUGAAUUAUGAAUUUUGGUGUACAUUUUUAACGGUAAAUAAAAAAGACCUUUCUCCCAAAAAAGCUUAUGAUGAUGAUAAUUAUAAUAGUAUUUUUAUGGCUCUUAAACAAACAGCUAUAAUAUAUAAUAAUAUGCAUGAUAAAAAAGAAGACAAUUUUGAAGAUAUAAGAAAGAGAGAUGAUUAUUCAAAUGCUGCUGAUGAUGAUGAUCAUGAGCAUCAUCAUGAUCAUAGUAAUAAUAGUAAUUAUUAUAAUGAUGAGAAAUAUGUCCAUAUGGAUAAUAAUUCUCAUGAUGUAAAGAAACAUGGUUUUUUUGUAGAUUUAAUAAAAAAAGUGUUUUCUUUAUUUAAUUUUUCAAAUACAUUAAAAAGUUAUCCUGUUUUAUUAAAAGAAUUGUUACAAAAAUUAUUAAUAAAUAUUAUUGGAAAACAUAGUUGUAUAAAUGAUAAUAAACAUUAUAAAGGUUAUAAUAGUAUUAAAUAUUAUGCUUUAAAAUUUGUAUAUAAUAAUUUAAAAAAUUUAACAUUUGAGUGUAAUACUUCUUCAUAUUAUAGUUACACCAUAAACAAUCAAACGGAAUUAUAUAAUAUUAGUAUACAUAAUUUUAUAUUAUAUCAUAUAUAUGAAUUAGGUAUGAGAACUAAAGAACUUAUUAUAAAAAGUUCAUGUUUUAAAUUAAUAAAAUAUUUAUUAACUGAAUAUUAUUAUUAUCCAGAUAUAUUUAAUGAAAAAUGUCACGAAUUAAUUAAUUCAGAUAUUAAAAUAAAUAAAUUUUAUAUUAAAAAUGUUAUAUUAGAUUUUGUAUCAUUCAAUAUUAUGAUAUGCCAUCUUCAAAGAGAGUUAACAUCAGAUUUGAAUGUAUUAAAUAAUUUGGAUUUAUUUAAUUAUUCAAUAAAAUCUAUAGCAAAUUAUUUAAUAGGUUAUAAAAAUAAUUCUUUCUUUUUUUUGAUUGAUAAAAAAAUGGUAAAAACAUUAUUAAUCAAAUUAACAUUCAUGAUGCCCUUUAUAUAUAAAUUAAAAAUACCUGCAUGUGUUAUUAGACUUUAUAUACGUGUUAUUAAAUCUUUGGAUAAAGAAAUUUUAGAUACUAUACACAAUUCAAACAAAAUAGAUCUUAUAUAUGAUAGUUUGUUUUAUAUUAUUAUAAGUCACUUUAUUUAUUUCUUUUUAAAUAUGAACAUUGAACUUGAUGAGGAAGCAUCCAAUAUUUUAUCAUGUAAUUAUAAUAAAGGUGCCUUCCCAAAUAAAUUUGAAAAAAAUGACAAUUAUAUUAAAAUUACGAAUGACACAUCUGAGGAAAAAGAAAGUGGAAAUGUACAAGAGGAUGAAGAGCAACUUUCUUGUAGAAAUAUUAAUUCUUUUGAAAAAAGUAUUGAUGACGAAGGAGAUAAAAAUAAUAAGAAUAAAGCAAAAGGUAAAUUCUUAUGUAUCGACGAUGAGUUCAAUUUUGAAAAUAACGUUCAAAAUGAAAUGGACCAAAACAACGAAAGAGAUGAACCUACUGUAGAACGUAAAAGUGAUGAUAGUAGAAAUGAUAAGGAUGAUAAUUCACAUAGUGACUAUAGUAAUGAUACUAAUAAUAGUAAUGAUACUAAUAAUAGUAAUAAUAGUAAUGAUACUAAUAAUAGUAAUAAUAGUAAUGAUAGUAACAAUAGUAAUAAUAGUAAUAAUAGUAACAAUAGUAAUAAUAGUAAUAAUAGUAACAAUAGUAAUAAUAGUAAUAAUAGUAAUAAUAGCAAUUCAAACAGCCCAAAUGAUGAUUUAUCGAAAAAUCAAUUAAAUGAUGAUAUAAGUGCAAAAAAUUUUAAUAAACUAUCAGAUGUAUUAUAUAUAAGAAAAAUAAUAAAUGAAAACAGUAAUUUUAAUUUAGAAAAUAAUUAUUUUAUAAAUUAUUCAUUAUACAUUCUUCAUAAAGAACAUUAUUCUAUAUAUGUAUUCUUCUCAACGUUUUUUAAAAAUGCCUUAAAAGAAUACAAUGAUAUAUGUAAAAGUCAAAAGGUUUAA